AACUAUCCCUUGACACCAAAAAAAAGCAUGGAGGGUAAGGAAGGAAGAACCCAUUUCUCCUCUCUGCCGGAAGGAGUAAUAGCUAACAUCUUGUCGCUCACCACUCCCUUAGAUGUCUGCAGGUCGUCGGCGGUUUCCCGGGCUUUCCAUGCGGCGGCGCAGUCCGAUAUCGUCUGGGACACAUUUCUGCCCAACGAUUUGGACGAUUUUAUUUCUCGGAGCAAACCUGGUGGCCUGAAUUUUGAUCCAAUUACGAGUUCCAAGAAGGAAAUCUUUUUCUCUCUUUGCAAUAGCCCGCUGCUCAUUGAUAACGCCAAGAAGAGUUUAUCAUUGGACAAGCAGAGUGGUAAGAAAUGCAUAAUGCUUGGAGCAAGGGACCUUUCAAUUGUUUGGGAUGAUACCUCUGUCUACUGGACCUGGGAAUCUCAUCCUGAGUCAAGGUUUGGAGAAGUAGUUGUUAUUUUCAAGGCAUGGUGGCUUGAAAUACGUGGAAAGUUAAGCAGUGGAAUGUUGUCUCCUAGAACAACUUAUGCAGCUUACAUUGUGUUCAAGAUGAGGGAACGAAGAUACUUUGGGUUCAAUAUAGAUUUUGUUGAUGCGAUGGUGGGAAUUGUUGGUAGUGAACACUCUGUGAAGACUGUUUGUUUGGACCCUUAUUUGGAUGACCCUCUUCAACGGCGCCGACAUGUACCACAAGCAGGGAGCAAUCUACCAACGAACAACAUAUCAGGGUUGGAAAUGCCAAAGGGGAGACAUGAUGAUUGGUUUGAAACUGAGUUGGGAGAGUUUGAUAACAAUGGUGGAGAUGAUGAAGUUGAAAUCAUUCUCAAGGAUCUCAGGUGUACUGAUUCCAAGAACAGCCUCGUUGUUCAAGGUAUUGAGAUUAGACCUAAAAUCAACCCAGAAUAGACGAACUCGAGCAAACUUCUUCAAACUCAUGUUAGGACUUUUAUUGUCAUGAUAGGACAUCCAGAACCCUUGUUUUAUUUUGUAUAUAGAGAAGUUAAAAGAAACUCUACAUUAGAUUUUAGUCUUGUUGUUGCUAUUUGUUAUUCGAGUAAAUAAUACGCGCGAUGCAUAUGCCCCAGAAAUUUGUCAUUUUGUUUUAUUAUAUAAAAUGUGUGAGAUUUAUAUAAACUGAAUAGAAUCGCAUAAAUCUGUAUUUUCAAA